GGUCCACCUGCUAGGGUUCAGCUGAAAAAUUUACUCAAACUGAGAAAAAAGAAUUUAAAAUGGAGCUUUCCUCAUCGGAAACUUCAUAUGAUUCUGUUUUGGCCAAGGGAUUUGAUUCGUCAGGCUCGACUUCUCUCUGUCCAGCAUGUGACGAAAGAGAAGCCAGUGACGCUGCCUUUGAACCUCCAACUGAAGAAAGGUCUUUACAAAUUUUGACUAGGCAACCCUGGUCAAAAAGAGAGCAUCUGAAUUCACCUGAGGAGAGCUCUAGCAAAGGCAAUGUCUCUCCAUUCUUCAGCUUUAUGAAGAAGCUCUGGGACAUUGUUGAAAGCAGUCGGUUUGAGUCCAUUUGGUGGGGUGACAAUGGAAAGUGUGUAGUGAUUCAUGAAGAAUUGUUCAAAAAGGAAGUACUAGCAAGGAGAGGAUGUCUGAGAAUUUUUGAAAGUGAGACCAUGAAAAGCUUCAAACGUCAACUCCAUCGGUAUGGAUUCACGAAAAGGCUGUGGAAUUUUCCAAAAUUGGGCUCACACAUUGACUUGCUAGCAGAAGAAACAACUGGGGAGUUUCACUUCUACUACAACCCAAAUUUUAGAAGACAUUUUCCGUAUCUGCUCAUGAAGUAUAAGCGAAGCUUUGGUCCAAAAAAUCAAACACCAGCAGGAUUUUCACCGGACAUGGAUUUGCACGCACGCCACCAGAAAAGAAAACCAGACGCUGAGCUUGCGUGGGAAACCACUUUCGAGGAGGAAAGCGGUCCGUUCACAGCAGGUCCAAGGGAGAAUGUGCACACCUCUGCACCCAGGAAGACCGCACCUGCCAAGCGACGUGCCUCUACAUCUGCACGAAGCGCUGCUCUGACACGUGCAGACGCUGCGGCAGCGGUAGGCAGGGAGAAGCUCAACCCUCUGGCCCCCUCCCUUUUGCUGCAGCACAGCAGCCCUGGCCCGGCUGCCGCUUCUGCUGCCACUGCCGCUUCACGGGGUUGCGCCGUGCCAGCCGUGCCCAACAGUCCCUUUCCACCAGGGCUGGCACGUCCCACCUCUCCAGCUGGGCUGGCAGCAGCCGCUGCUCUGUCUAUGCCAAGGCCACCUCAGGGCCAAACUCCACCAGACCACCGCUGCCUGACUUGCACUUGUGGUCCAAACAGCAGACCUGCAGGCGAUGGCCUUGGACCCCAACCCGAGGCACGCUAGGUGCCUUCCGCAGCUCUUCUAGAAGUUGCGUAGUCCAAGGGAAUAGAGUCUCUUAAGUGUUCCAAUAAACUAUCUGAAUAAAAAGCCUCUG